AAGGUUCUUGAAGCUUAAUUUGCUCUAGUAGGACAUCUACUGGACGCAACAAUAUCAAUUGGCAGAGUGCAGCCCAAACGAGUUACGCAGAGUGGACAAAGCUGUCACAGCCGAAAGACGCUCGCAAUGAGUUGACACAGAGGCAGCCGACAGCGGGACAGUACCGCCGGGCAGUUUACAGGAGCUGUAUGCAGCAGACAGCUGGUGGUCUGCACCACACGCCGAUGGGAACAACUGAACAUCCCUGUGCUGAAUUUCACCGCUGCUGAUUUUGAUUCGAUGAAGUUUCAGAUUCUACUGCUGACGACACAAUAUCAGUUUCGGGCUAUAUGUAGACAGAGGAGCUCAAAACUAGCGUCAGGAUACCGAGAAGAAACUUGAAAAACAGCCUUGACAGAAUGAUCGAAUGAGCACUGACCAGAUCUGCUGGCCUAGGAAAAACUCUCACAAAGGCUGUGGACCAUCAGCACUUUGAUUGUGGGAGCAAACUGCCUCUGUGAUCCCAGCAGCCCUCUGCUGACCUGACGCUGAAUGGAGUUUUGGCAGCGACAGCUGGGGUGCUGCUUUUUAGAACCAGUUGUCAGGGACCAAAGGGGACGUGCAUCAUCUGGAGUUUACCGUUGCUGAGAAUAUUACGUCUGAUCAUCAUGACUUCGUUUAAGCUGGACUUUCUCCCAGAGAUGAUGGUGGAUCGUUGCUCGUUAAAUUCUAGUCCAGUUGGGAAGAAACUGAAUGGGACUCUAGACCAGUCUGACCAACCGGACACUGAUUCCAUCAAGAUGUUUGUUGGACAGAUUCCUCGGUCCUGGUCCGAGGAGCAGCUUCGUGAACUCUUUGAGCCAUAUGGAGCAGUUUAUGAGAUUAAUGUUUUGAGAGACCGAAGCCAGAGUCCACCACAGAGCAAAGGCUGCUGCUUUGUAACAUACUACACUCGCAAAUCAGCUCUGGAAGCACAGAAUGCUCUGCACAACAUGAAGAUUCUUCCAGGGAUGCAUCAUCCAAUUCAGAUGAAACCAGCAGACAGUGAAAAAAACAAUGCAGUUGAGGACAGAAAGCUGUUUAUUGGAAUGAUCUCCAAGAAGUGCAAUGAGAACGACAUCCGACUCAUGUUCUCCCCGUACGGUCAAAUAGAGGAGUGUAGGAUCCUUCGCGGCCCUGACGGCCUCAGCCGUGGUUGUGCAUUUGUCACUUUCACCAGUAGACAGACGGCCCAGUCAGCUAUUAAGUCUAUGCACCAGUCCCAGACCAUGGAGGGCUGUUCUUCGCCCAUUGUGGUGAAGUUUGCAGACACUCAGAAGGACAAGGAGCAGAAACGAAUAGCUCAACACCUGCAGCAGCAGAUGCAACAAAUCAGUGCUGCUUCCAUGUGGGGAAACCUGACUGGCCUGAGCAGCCUGGGGCCUCAGUACUUAGCGGUCUAUCUGCAGUUGCUGCAGCAGUCGCUGUCUACAGGCAACACGCUUUACAACUUGCAUCCGGUUUCAGGUCUUAAUACUAUGCAGUACCUUGCUGCUUUAGCAGCAGCAGCAGCUACUGGCACACAGACACCACCGACAGGCUCCAGUGGCAUCACUACAUCUAGUUCUCCACUAACUACAUUAACAAGCUCAGGUUCCUCCCCCUCCUCCAGCAGCAGCUCAUCAUUGAACCCUGCGGCUUCACUGGGAGCCCUGCAGUCUCUGACUGCUGGAGCUGGAGCUGGCCUUAGUGUGGGCUCCUUGGCAGGUAUGGCAGCACUGAAUGGCGGCCUCGGCUCUGGAGGCUUGUCAAAUGGCUCCGGAAACACUAUAGAAGCACUAAACCAGGCCUACACUGGCAUCCAGCAGUAUGCUGCCACCACCAUGCCCGGCCUAUACGGCCAGAGUCUGCUGUCACAGCAGAGCGUUUCGGCUGCAGGGAGCCAGAAGGAAGGUGCUGGGAUGUUCCCCUUUUGAGGCUGGCUAUGGCUAUCAGCUCCCUCUCAGCAAGUCCAGGGGCUGGACGGGUCGGUGGGAGCCUUCAUCCGGAGGUGCAGGGCGGUUUGGUCCAGGACCCGCGACUUCCUUCUCCGUGGCCAGACAAGAGCGGCCAUAUGGGCUAACCGCCGUCGGUCUCAAUCUCCGGAUUAUUGAGUCGGGGACAAGGUCCGGCUUUCCACCUCGAACCUUCAUCUGAAGGGGGCCAAGCGGAAAUUGGCACCCAGGUUCAUUGGACCGUUUGAAGUGACUAGGGUGGUCAACCCUGUGGCAAUGAGACUGGCCCUCCCUCCCUCCCUGCGAGUUCAUCCUGUCUUUCAUGUGUCUUGUUUGAAGCCGGAGGUGGACUGUGAUAUGGCGCCCACCUCCGCCCGCCCUCCGCCCGCCCGGGUGAUCGAUGGAGGUCUUGCUUAUACGGUGCGGGAGUUGCUGCGCUCCAGACGGCAGGGCAAGGGGCCCCAGUACCUGGUGGAGUGGAAGGGCUAUGGCCCUGAACACCGGCAGUGGGUGGAGCCGGGGCUCAUUUUGGACAAGGGACAAGGACUUUCAUCGAAACCAUCCUGCGGGACCCUCCUAGGUCGCCAUUAACUGGGGGGACUAUUUAAGUGGAGAACGGAGACUCCUCCAGUUGUCAGCGUGUCUGGUGGACUCUCGGUUUGUGUACAGCCCCGCUACUUCUAAUUUGGCCACGUUUGUAGAAAAGUGUUGAACCUGACUCUGUAGUGUGCGUAGUCCUGUAAAUCUUGAUUAUAUUUUACUUGCUCAGUGUGGUGACGUAUUGUGUCCUGAUUUUGUUUUGUAGUAACUUCUGUUUAGCGUUAUUUCUCUGUUUAGUUUGUUUGGUCCUGCUUUGCAGUGCACCUCAGUUUUAGUUACUCUCUAGUGACCCUCUGUUCAGUAUAGUUAUAAUAAAUAUCAUUUUGUAUCUGCCAUCCUCUCCUGUGACUGCUUGUGGGUUCCGUCCUGUCUGGUCUUGGGGGUGUUCGUAACAGAUACAACAGAUCAGAUUUUCUAUCUGCCCCUGACACCUUCCUCGUUGUAGAUGUUUACAUUCACUGGCGUCUGGCUAUCAGAAAGGAAGGAACUCUAAGUAUGAACAGAUAGCGAGAGACACAGCUCUGCAGCCUUGAUUUUGGGAGCGAGAGACCAGGGUCUAUUAGACAGGGAAAACUAUUGAGUGAAAUGUUGAAUACAUAAAACAGAUCUAAGAAUAACCAUAAGAUAAUAAUUGCAGAACAUAAGUCAUAAAUCAUAUGACAACUGCGUAGAAAAUGGAAAGAAACAAUUUUUCCAUUACACACAAAGUGUUUUUUUUUAUGUAUUAUUAGACUGUCCUUCCAUGCUAUACAGUUUACAUUUAAUUUGUCAGAACGCCACUGCCUUUCUAGUUGUUGGGUCCUGUGCUCUGAAUUAUACAUUGGAGCUAACCUCCUUUGUUUCACUGCCUUUUCUUCAGAGGAACCACAUUGUCUAAAAUUUUACCCAGAGAAGCUGCAGCAUCGCCUACUUUUACAUCUUGAAUCUGGCAACAGCAUCGUCAGAUAAACAUCUAGAAGAAGAAUCGAACAAUUCAUAUAAUAGUAUAAUAGAACUCUGAAUAUGGAGCAGGAGUUCAAUAAACAAUACAAAACACAACUGGAAUUUUAG